AUGUUGUACGCGUUUGGCGACGUCGAGAAUCCCCUCCCUGAAACGGUCGCACUUGUUGAAGAAAUCGCAGUGCAAUAUCUGCUAGAUAUGACUAGACGAGCCCUUGAAAUGGGGCGUUUAGGGAAGAUAACAGUGGAGGACAUCGCCUAUCUGGUGCGCUCAGACCCGCGGAAGUUUUCACGUGCGAAGGAGCUCCUGCUGAUCAGUGAAGAGCUCAACAGAGCCAAAAAGGCAUUUGAGAACGACGACUUUUGA